CUCUCUCAGUGUCUCCAUAGAGCAGCAGACGGACUAGCAGCAGGAAGAAGGCGGGCUCAGCUUCAGCUUCUCAGCUUCAGUGAAACAUCGUCAGGUCAGAUCACUGAGAAGAACAAUGGAAGGCACAUCUCACUGUCUGAUCUUUCUGAUCUUCUUGCUGAGCUGCUCAACAGAUCCAGUCCUCCCAGUUCUUCUGACUGUGAGUCCCAGCAGAUCUCAGUUCUUUCAAUAUGAACGUGUGAUUCUGACCUGUGAGGAUGGAUGGACUGUGAGGAGAAACACAACCAAAGACACCAGGAAACGAUGUGGAGAUGGAUGGGGGAAAUCAAUUGGUUCUACCUGCAGCAUCACCUCCUUGUUCCCAUCAGACACUGGUCUGUACUGGUGUGAGUCCAUGUCUGGAUCCUCCAGCAGCAGCAGCAGCAUCCAGCUCUCUGUCUCUGGUGGAUCAGUGAUCCUGCAGAGUCCUGUCCUCCCUGUGAUGGAGGGAGAUGACGUCACUCUGAGCUGCAGAGCAAAGAAUCCAACCCACAACCUCCCAGCUGCUUUCUAUAAAGAUGGCUCCUUCAUUGGUGAUGGACCAUCAGGUCACAUGACCCUCCUCCAUGUUUCCAGCUCUGAUGAAGGCCUCUAUAAAUGUAAUGUCAAAGGUCAUGGAGAGUCUCCAUCCAGCAGGAUCUCUGUCAAAGAGAAACCUCCAACCAUCUCUCCACCCUCCACCACCUCUCCACCUUCCUCCUCCUCCUCUUCCUCAGAGAAACUCACCAACAUCUCUGACUCUACAGUCACACCUGGUCCAGGUUCUUCCUCCGUCUCUCUUCCAGUGUUGCUUCCCAGUGCAUCUCUUUGUGUUUUGGUUUUCCUGUUUUUACUGGUUCAACUGGUCGUAUAUUUGUACAGCAAACCUAAGGUGAUGAAGGAGGAAGAGGAGAGGAUGACAUCACUUCCAGAAACAUCAGGAUGUUCCAGAGGAAACAGAAGAAAAGCAAACCAGGAACAGGAAAUGGUGAUUAUGUUCAUGUGUUUUUGUUUCUGUUAGAUUUUCAGAUUGAUCAGAAAAUGUUUCCUAAUGAGG